ACAUGUUGCAUUUUGCUUUAAUAUACAACACAAAGGAUUUUUGCUCUUAAAGAUAAAAUUAUCUCCAAAGUAUAUCCUUAUGUUUGUGGUUGCACCUAUGCAUGAAAGUGGAAAAUUAUGAAAUUAAUUUUCAGUCGCCGACACUACUUGAAUUGGAUUGAACCAUUUUGAAUAUGUAGUCAGUGUUUCACCUCUUCUUACGUGAAGACGCUGUCACAUGGUGGAUUAUUUGGCUCACCUUUCGUGUGCCAGACUGAUGUCCCAGAGUCUGAUGUUGUUGAAGUUGCAGCAGACCGUCUGAUCGGCGACCUUCACACUUUCAUGUCUCAUCCAUAAUCUCAUCAUCAGGGUUGUCUGAAUAUUAAGAUCGGGAUUAAUGAAAUCACUGCCAGAGCUGGUUGGAGACAUGGGUCGCCAAGAGGCUGACAAGGUGUGGAAAAAGGUCACGGAAGACAUCCAGGAGAUUUUUGACUUCAUGGAGGAGUUGGGAUCAGGGGCCUUCUCAGAAGUUUACAUGGUGAGGGAGAAGAAGACCGGAAGGACUUUUGCCAUGAAAUGUGUCAAGAAGAAACAAGCCAGGGACCUCAAUCUGGAGAAUGAGAUUGCAGUGCUGAGAAGAAUCAAACACGAGAAUGUCAUCGGGAUGGAGGGUUUCUAUGAAAGUCUGACCCAUUUUUACCUCGUCAUGCAACUUGUUUCUGGCGGUGAGCUCUUUGACCGUAUACUGGACCGUGGCGUGUACUCGGAGAUGGACGCCAGCUGUGUGAUCCAACAGGUGCUGCACGCUGUCAGCUACCUGCAUCAAAACGACAUUGUGCAUCGUGACCUCAAGCCAGAGAACAUCCUGUACUACAGCCCCGAUAAGGACUCCAAGAUCAUGAUCAGUGAUUUUGGCCUGUCAAAGAUGGUGGACAAGGGCAUUAUGUCCACAGCUUGUGGCACUCCGGGAUAUGUUGCUCCUGAGGUGCUGGCACAGAAACCUUACAGCAAGGCAGUGGACUGCUGGUCCAUUGGAGUCAUCACGUACAUCUUACUGUGUGGAUAUCCUCCUUUCUAUGAAGAGAGUGAGACACGCCUCUUCUCAAAGAUCACAAAGGCGCAGUACGAGUUUGACUCGCCCUUCUGGGAUGAUAUUUCGGAAUCCGCUAAAGAUUUCAUACGUAACAUGAUGCAGAAGAAUCCCCACAUGCGGUACACGACGGAACAAGCGCUCAGGCACCCAUGGAUAAUUGGAAAAACGGCCCGGAGCCAGGACAUCUACAACUCAGUCAGCGAUCAGAUCCAAAAGAACUUUGCCAAGGCCAAGUGGAAGCAAGCGUUCAAUGCCGCUGUAGCCAUCAACCACAUGAAGAAACUCCAGCUGGCCCACUCGGAGAAGCUGCCAAAAGCCACUUGCGUCCCGGACAUCCACGUGGUCAAGGUGUUCUCUCCGGUCACGCAGCGCAAGCGCCCCGAUCCGGAGGGACCGCAGUCCAGGGUGUCUGACACCAACGGGAAAAUCCGGACUACAAAUCACAUGACCCUGCCGACAACCCACGUGGAACUGAAGAGUCACUACCACCCGCUGAAGGCCAGCCAGAGCGCCCACCACGCGCCCACCAUAGCCGAGCAGGGGAAGUACAUCUACCACUCGGAGCCUGCCAACCUUCACGGGUAUGCUAAAAACAGAACGGGAAAAACUCUUCAGACCGGCGUUUGCUCCGUCAUGUGAAGGCUGGAGGAAGUUGACAUGGGAAAAUUGAACUUUUUUCUUGCUCAGCGUUACCGUGCUUGGCUCAGCAUGCAGCUGUUUGUGUCUACAGCGCCCCCAAUGGGAAGGUGGUGGACCUAAGCGGUCUGCGAGGUCUACAACGGUCAGUGGGGACAGUUUAGUCACAUUGAUUUUGUGAUUUUAGUUUUAAAGUGCCUAUGAGGCUUCCCUACAAACAAGAAUAAGCACAUGCAAUUUGCACAGAUUCACUUUAGGAUAGAGAUGAGAGAGCAAUGAUGGGCUGGCUUAGACUGCCGGACCCUGACACGGCAAAGCCGCCCGUAGCGCUCAUGAUGUUUAAUGUAUGCAAGCAGACAUUGACAUUCAAUACUAUGUCAUCCUGUAUUUGUAAAUAUAUGAGGAGUAUAUUUAGUGUAUGUUUGUAUAUUUGUUGCCAUGCUUUUAUUUAUUAUUGUAUUGAUUUUUUUUUGUCUUCUUUUGCUUUUCUUAUAAUAGUAACAUUUGUAAAAAGUGUGUUUACAUAAUCAUGAUAAACAGCAAAGCAAGUUUAUAAGUCUAUAGGCUCAAAAGUAUUUGCAUUUAUGUUCAUUACUGCCAUGACCAUCAUACUUCCUGGACUAAAUACAAAAUAAACAAAAUA